UGACGCUUCUCCCCGCGUUGGAUUGUGGGAUUUCACUGACACAGCCUAGUCUUUCCAGUUCACACAGGGAUUGAGGAAGAGACAGUAGACAUAUUGCUGCGAGCUGUAAUUUUUAGAUUUACUGGUCAAAACUAAGCAGGAUGUCAAGCAGAGGAGGUAAAAAGAAGACAACAAAGACCUCACGGUCUGCGAAGGCUGGAGUAAUCUUUCCAGUUGGCAGAAUGCUACGUUAUAUUAAAAAAGGACAUCCCAAAUACAGAAUUGGAGUUGGAGCACCAGUAUAUAUGGCUGCUGUACUGGAAUAUCUAACAGCGGAAAUUCUGGAAUUAGCUGGAAAUGCAGCAAGAGAUAAUAAAAAGGGUCGUGUUACACCAAGGCACAUACUUCUUGCUGUGGCAAAUGAUGAAGAAUUGAACCAGCUUUUAAAAGGAGUAACCAUAGCAAGUGGUGGUGUUUUACCAAAUAUACAUCCAGAGUUAUUAGCAAAGAAGCGGGGAUCCAAAGGAAAAUUGGAGGCUAUCAUUACUCCUCCACCAGUUAAAAAAGCAAAAACACCGUUGCCGAAAAAAAUAACUUCAAAGAAACCUGGAGCCAAGAAAGGAGUGAGAAAAGCAAAGAAGAAGCAGGGAGAAGUCAGCAAAGCAGCAAGUGCAGAUAGUACGACUGAAGGAACACCUGCAGAUGGAUUUACUGUUCUUUCUACAAAAAGCCUUUUCCUUGGACAAAAGCUGAAUCUAAUUCACAGUGAAAUCAGUAAUUUAGCUGCAUUUGAGGUGGAGGCUGUUAUCAACCCUACCAAUGCUGACAUUGACCUUAAAGACGAUAUAGGCAAUGCCUUAGAGAAAAAAGGUGGAAAAGAGUACGUGGAUGCCGUUAGUGAAAUGAAGAAAAAGAAUGGGCCUUUAGAUAUAGCAGGAGCUUCUGUGAGUAAUGGUCAUGGAUUGCCUGCAAAGUUUGUUAUCCACUGUAAUAGCCCCACUUGGGGAUCUGACAAGUGUGAAGAAUUGCUGGAAAAGACUGUGAAGAAUUGCCUAGCUUUGGCAGAUGAGAAGAAAAUUAAGUCAAUUGCUUUUCCUUCAAUUGGCAGUGGGAGAAAUGGAUUCCCAAAGCAAACAGCUGCACAGCUCAUUCUGAAAGCAAUUUCAACUUAUUUUGUGUCCACCAUGUCAUCUUCAAUCAAGACUGUGUACUUUGUGCUUUUUGACAGUGAAAGCAUAGGCAUAUAUGUGCAGGAAAUGGCAAAACUAGAUACCAACUAACCUUUUAGUCUAAAAACCCUUCAACUGUUCCCAUAACAAAAAUACUACCCCUCACUCUUUUGUGAGACUGCACCAUAAUUUGAAAAACACGCUCAUUUGGAAUAUGAAGAGUUCCAAUUGACCUUUCUAAAAUAUAUUGCGUGGGCACUGAUAGCUGGCAUUACUUCUGUUAAUGCACUAUAUUUGGACGAAUUGUCCAAAUUUAGUAUGAUGUAGAAGAUUUUAUAGUUUUAUUUUACUGAGGUAUGGAUUUCUGAAGAUUGUAGUUGGGAGUAUAAUGUCUUUUAUAUGUGACUGAAAUGGAAGAAAUAUUUUGUAAAUGUGUUGUGGUGCUUUAUUGUACAUUAUGUGAUGUUAUUUUCUCCAUUAAAAAAAUCCAGAUUUGUGUUA